AUGUCUUCCAUAUCCUUCAAUGAUCCCCUACUAGAUGAUGAAUUAAGAGGUUAUGCCCUGGCACUGGAUAUGACUGCCAGGGAAAUUCAAGCCUCUGCGAAGUCUGCAGGUCUUCCAUGGACAGUAGCUAAAGGGCAGGACACCUUCACACCAAUCGGUUCUGUUCUUCCCAAGGAAUCGGUGCCAGAUCCUGACAACUUAGAACUGUGGUUAAAGGUUGAUGGAGAAAUGCGACAGAAAGGCUCAACCAAGGAUAUGAUAUUUAAGAUCCCGUUUCUCAUUAGCCACAUAAGUUCAAUCAUGACACUUCUGGAAGGAGAUGUCAUUCUAACAGGUACUCCCCCAGGUGUUGGCCCUGUGAAAGCAGGUCAAAAGAUAACUGCUGGCAUAACUGACCUUGUGGAGGUUUACUUCAGUGUUGGAAAACGCCCGAAGCCAAAAGAUUACUUAAAUUUAGUCCCUCUAGACUUGGUGUGA